UUUUUUGUGGACGCGUUUAUGUGCACGAGUGCAGCCCGGAGAUCUCCGUUUAUCCCGGUUUAUUAUCGAAAGCGACGAACUUGCUCGGGAAAACGAUAAACGCGGCGUUCUGUUAUAACCGGAGUGCGGCACUACUUGCGCUGGGCGUCGCGUUAUUUAUUUUUUUUUAAGACUAGGGGGUUGUGCUUCGGUCGCACUCAAAUAUGGCUACCAUGGAGUGGGAGCUAACCGAGCUAUUACAACUUUAACGUUUGGAUCUGGCUGAAUAGAAAGAAACAGAGGGGUUGUUUUUUGUUUUUCCUGGAUAUUUUGGCGGAUUUUUGAGAUUGUAUGGGAACUAACCUGCCUAAUUUAGCUGGUUAAUGUGUGUGGAUGUGUUUUGUAUAGCGGAGUAGUUUUUUUCUCUUAUUUUUUUCUUCCUCUGGGGAAGCUCAACGUUACAGCCGAGAAGAGAACGGAAUAAUUUGCUCUUUUUAAAAAGUACAGCUCCUUUUUUGGUGUUUUUAAAGCUGUUUUUUUAAUGGAAAAGGGUUUUCCUGCUGCCACCGGCUUGAGGACAACGUGAAGCGAAGCGGAGCGGUAUGAGUUGUUUACGGAGAGGAGGCAUCGCUGGAGGAGAAAAAACCCUCCGCACCGGGAUGUAAACCCCUGAAGGGUUUCGUCAUGAAACGGAAUAAAACAAACUGAGGGGGUCGAAGAGAGUCGGGAUCGGCUUUUGCGAUUUUUUUUAUUUUCUUAACGAAGCAAAACUGGAUUUUAAUCCGUUUUUUUCCCAAGCGCAGUUGUUGUGGUGGUGGAGCCCUGUGUGGUUUACUCGCGCUCCUGCUCUCUCUCUCUCCCGGAGCUCUGUGAGGGAUAACGGUCUUAGCUAGCUAACAUUCCCAACCUACACAAAACUACACAAAAAACCCUCGGAAACACUAAACUACAGCGCUGUCACGGUUAUUGACAUGAAGGAAAUGUCUAAACAGUGUUAGGGCUGAAGAGAAUGUCAUCAGAGGAGAAGAUUCUGGACCCCUCUGACAAAGGAUCCACGCCGCCGCUUGGUGGCUAUGUGGCCACGCCCACUGGAAGCCCCGCCUCCACCGACAAGCGGCCCCGAGGCCGGCCUCGGAAGGAUGCUCCCUCUGCGGCUGUCCAGCCGACCCCUGCGCCCAGACAGAGAAAGAAGAGUCGAGGUCGGGGGAAAGCUGUGGUUGAAGAUGAAGACAGUGCAGAUGGGAUGGAGACGACAGAGUCUGGAAGCACACAGGAACCAGACUGUAGUAAAGGUCAGCCGGAGGACGCCGAGGGCAGCACCGCAGUGUCGUCGCUUGGCGGAGAGGAAGAGGAGCAGCCUUCAUCGCCGCCUGCAUCUCCACGCUGCGAGGCAGAAACGUCAGCAGCUUGUGGAGGAGCUCAAAGCAGUGAGCAGCUGUGUGCCCUCUGUUACUGUGGUGCUCGCAGUCUGCUCGGUCAGGGCGAGCUGAAGCUCUUCAAGGCCACGCCGGGCUUCCAGGCCAGAACGGAGGGACACGACCAUGACGACAAGAGCGCGGCCGCCAGCCAAUCAGGGAGGAGCAAAGGCCUGGAGAGUGCUGGAGCUGACGACACAGGCGGCAGGUCCUGGGAUGAACUCCACCAUGUGGGUUUGCCAGACGACGUAGACGUCCGGUCUCUUUUUGAUGAGUCAGGUCAGUGUUGGGCACAUCAGCAGUGUGCUCUGUGGUCAGAGGGCGUGUGCCAAGCAGAGGACCAAUCACUGCUCAACGUGGACAGAGCCAUCCACUCAGGGAGCACAGAGCAUUGUGCAUAUUGUAAGCGCCUUGGAGCAUCCAUCAAGUGCUGUGAGGAGGGCUGUGGCCGCUCGUACCAUUACCCGUGUGCGGGGGGUGCUGGAACCUUCCAGGAUUUCAGGAAGCUCUCUGUCCUCUGCACCGAACACGUCCACCUGGCCCUCAGCAAAUCUGCUGAGGAGGCGAACUGUGUGCUGUGCGACAGGGCGGGGGACCUGCUGGACCAGCUGUUCUGCACGAGCUGUGGACUGCAUUACCACGGCCUGUGUCUCGACAUCAGCGUGAGCCCUCUGAUUAGAGCCGGCUGGCAGUGCCCUGAGUGCAAAGUCUGUCAGACAUGCAAAAACCCUGGAGAGGACACGAAGAUGCUGGUGUGCGACAUGUGUGAUAAAGGCUAUCACACCUUCUGUCUGCAGCCUGUGAUGGACUCCAUCCCCACUAAUGGCUGGAGGUGUAAGAACUGCCGGGUGUGUGUUCAGUGCGGCACGAGGAGCAGCGGCCAGUGGCACCACAACAGUCUGCUGUGUGAAAACUGCGCCGGCCAGCCGGGUCCAGCCCAGCUCUGCCCCCUGUGCACCAUCAGCCUCGACCCUGAAAUCCACAAAGACCUGCUGUCCUGCCAGCACUGCAAAAGGUGGUUCCAUCUGGAGUGUGAGCGGCAGGUGGAAGGUCAUGUGGAGGUCCAGGCUGGAGAGGAUUACGUCUGUUCAGUGUGUAAACAUGCUGGCUUUGAGCCAGGCCCGGUGCCCAUGGACGUGGAGCCGCUGCAGGAGGAGGUGGAAACACACAUGGAGGUGGAGGACCACGAGCCGCCGGCUCCAUCAGACGCCUCCGAGUCAGAGUCCGCUCAGGUUCAGAACACCCAAUCAGAGCAGACCUCCAGUCAGCGGCUGCAGGAGGGGCUGGAGCCUGCAGAGACGACACAGUCUGAAGAAGGCACUAAAACAAGCAGUGAAAAAGUGCAAGAAGUGGUUUGUGAAGCUCCACCACAAGGACCCACGGAUGAAGAAAGUACAGCCACCCAGCCUCACCAGGACCUAAAGCCAGGCAGUAGUCCAGAAACUCCUCUGCAAAAUCCAGAUGGACCCCCUGAACCAGCCAUUAAAGCAGAACUGCCCCAGGAGACUCCGUCACCGAUUAACCCGGGCGAAUCAGCUUCUCUCCAAGAGGACGAACACAAACCGAGUCUAGAGGAGCAGAAGUCCAUCCAGUCACCUACCAAAGAGCUCCCAGCUUCAGCCUCUGAACCAUCAGUGGAUUUGAAGAUGGAAGUAUCGUCCUCUGAAGCUCCAGAAGCUUCCAUGGAGCCUGAAUCAAGUUCUGCUAAACCUGUGCCAAAGGUGGAAAAGGAGCAACAUGACGGAGCCACUCCAGUCCUCGCUGUAGAAAAGCCAGGUCAGAAAGAUGAUGAGAUUUUAACUGAGGGCCUCACAGCGGAGCAGCUUCAGAGAGACACUGAGAACAUCACACUCGAGCAGAGUAAGAGCCCAGCUGAGGAGAACCAGCAGCAGCAGCAGCCUGAGGGAGCUGUGGACGUCCUUAAGGUAGAACAUCAUCCUGCAGGAGCCCCUGAGGGCCUCAAGGUGGAGAAGUGUAAAAGUGAAAGAACCCCAGAAAAGCUCAUAAUGGAGCAGCCUAAGAAACCUACGGAGGUCCUCACGGUGGAGCAGCAUCAGAAAACCACUCAGAGCCUCACGGUGGAGCUGCACAAGAGAGUCACUGAAAGUCUCAAAGUGGAGGAAUGUGGAGGAGCCUUUGCAGGUCUUUCGGAGGAAAUGGACAUUAGCACGGACGGUGAGCGUAGCUUGGCAAAGCUGAGCUCGCUAGUGGAAGAGAGGACCUCACUAAAGCCAUUGCCAAUAAUUAGGCAGCCGGAGAGCUUGCCCUCCUCUGGCCAGCCUACAAUCAGCCCCCAAAGCCACUCUGGAGCAGGAGAAACCCACAUCAACGUGCCUUCAACAACAUUUAUACCGUUCACACCUAAGAUCGGCAUGGGCAAACCUGCCAUCACCAAGAGGAAGUUCUCACCUGGGAGGCCAAGGGUGAAGCAGGGAGUAUGGAGCACCUCUUCUAGACUGAGCUCCACUUCCUGGUCCGCGGCCCAGGGUGAGGGUUGGGACGCCCCAAAGAGCAGGCAGUUCCCCAGUCCAUCUGCAUGGAGCAUCCGUGUGGGCCGUGGGUCGGGCUUUCCUGGGCGAAGGAGGCCCAGAGGGGCGGGGCUUACAGGCAGAGGGGGGCGGGGCCGCUCAAGGAUCAAGACUGGGGUUAGUCCACUUCCCACCCCAGGGUUUAACACCAUGGAAACGUCGCUGUAUCCGUUCAGAGAGGAGGAGGAGAACGCCAUGCACAGCACAGUGGUGAUCUUCUCCAGCACAGACACUUUCACUCUCAAACAGGAUAUGUGUGUGGUGUGUGGUAGUUUUGGUCAGGGUGCAGAGGGCAGACUGCUGGCCUGUGCACAGUGUGGACAGUGUUAUCACCCCUACUGCGUCAAUAUUAAGAUCACUAAGGUGGUGCUGAGUAAAGGCUGGAGGUGUUUGGAGUGUACGGUGUGUGAGGCGUGUGGUCAGGCCAGUGACCCCGGCCGUCUCCUCCUGUGUGACGACUGCGACAUCAGCUACCACACCUACUGCCUGCAGCCGCCGCUGCAGAACGUCCCCAACGGCAGCUGGAAGUGCAAAUGGUGUGUAUCCUGCACACAGUGCGGUGCCACGUCUCCAGGUGUGAGGUGCGAGUGGCAGAAUAAUUACACCCAGUGCGCUCCCUGUGCCAGCCUGGCCACCUGCCCCAUCUGCCUACUCGACUACAGCGAGGAAGAGAUCAUCCUGCAGUGUCGCCAGUGUGACAGGUGGAUGCACGCCUCCUGUCAGGGCUUCCACUCGGAGGAGGAGGUGGAGAAGAUUGCAGACAGCAGCUUGGACUGCAGUCUGUGUCAGGGCCACAAGCCUCUCUCUCCAGCGUUAGGAUCCAGCACUAAAUCUGAUCCAGAUAUCUAUGAGCUCCCUGUCGCCCCACAGAUCCUUCCCAAAUCUAGAGAUCUAGACCUGAUGAGGACGUACACUCAGGACGGCGUAUGUCUCACAGAGUCGGGGCUCUCGCAGCUCCAGAGCCUCGCGAACGCCGCCUCCAGACGCCGGCGGCCCAAACCCAAACUCAAGCUGAAAAUCAUCAACCAGAACAGCGUGGCUGUGCUGCAGACCCCACCUGACCCCCAGACCGAUCUCUCCAGAGAUGGAGAUCUGGACGACAGCAGAGCAGAAGGGGAGCUGGUAGAUGGCGAGGGCAAGUCCGACUCCAGCCCUGAGAGAGAGACUGCGGCAGACGACGAGUCAAAAGUAGCCGAGGCCUGCAAGAAGAGGAAGAGGAAGCCCUACCGGCCCGGUAUCGGAGGCUUUAUGGUCAGGCAGAGGAACCGGACGGCCCCAGGCAAAGCCAAACCUGCUCUGGGCAGGAAAGACUCCACAGGCUCUGUGUCUGAGACUCAGCAGGGAAAGGACGAAGGCUGGGGCGACCCGAUGCCCGACACGCCAGUGGACGAGAAACCUCCUGUGACUGAAUUCCCUGAAAACCCUGAAGUGAAAGUCCGCAAACGCUACAGGAAGAAGAAAACCAAACUGGAAGAAGCAUUUCCUACAUAUCUGCAGGAGGCGUUCUUUGGGAAGGACCUUCUGGAUAAGAGCAAGCAGAGCAGGCAGGAGACCACUGGACUGUUGGAGGAAGAGAGAGAAAGAAAACAGGGCGGGGCCGGACAGCUGAGGCUGACCUCUAACCCCACACGCAGUAUUACAUCAACCCCAUUACCCAGCAAAGCUGCAGGACCAAGGAGCUCUGAGGAGCCUCUGGUGGAUCUGUCCGAGGUGCUGAAAUCAGACACUGAGCUGCUGGGGAUGCUCUCCGGUGACAUGGACAAACAGUCAGAGGAAUCCGGUCUUGAUUUUUGCCCUUUCCAGGUUGACUGCUCUCCCUCUCCAUUUGCUGGACUGGACAUUACCCCACUGUCAGAAGAGGCUUCAGUCUCCUGUCAGUCUCAUUCAGGACGCGGCUCUCAUCAGGUAGCAGAGGAGCCGCUGGAUGGGAUUCUCAGCCCUGAACUGGACAAGAUGGUCACUGACGAGUCCAUCCUGAGUAAGCUGUAUAAAAUCCCAGAGCUGGAAGGAAAGGAUGUGGAGGAUUUGUUCACAGCUGUGUUAAGCCCCAGCACUCAGGUGCCCCACCAAACCCAGGGACCCCACUCUCUGCAUGGGCCUCCAGGGCCUGGCCUGCCCCCCUCCCAGCUCAACUCAGGAAUGUUUCCCCGGAUGCCAGUGAUGAACGGUCUGAUGGCACCCAAUCAACAGUUCCCUCCGUCACAGAUGCCUCCUGGAGCAGGGCCUGACAUGCCUCGAAACUUCCCUCCCAUGCAACGCAUGCCUUUCUCUGACAAUCUUAGGGAGAGGAAGUUUAGUCAGAUGGCUCGGGAUGCAGCUGGCCCGUGGUCAGCCACUGGUCCAUGUCCAGCUUCUGCUCCGCCUCCUACCCCUGUCCCUGAGGGCGAGGGCGAUUCCUUGUCCACGGCUCAGAAGAGCACACUAAAGUGGGAGAAAGAGGAGACGCUGGGAGAACUCGCUACCGUCGCCCCCGUUCUCUACACCAACGUCAACUUCCCCAACCUCAAAGAGGAGUACCCAGAUUGGCAAACACGAGUAAAACAAAUCGCAAAGCUGUGGAGGAAAGCAAGUUCUCAAGACAGAGCUCCAUAUGUGCAAAAAGCUCGAGACAACAGAGCCGCCCUUCGCAUCAACAAAGUCCAAAUGUCUAAUGAAACAAUUAAGAGGCAGCAGCAGCCGCAGCAGCCGCAGCCUCAGGCCCCGCAGGUUUUGGAAGUGUUUGACCCCGCCAUCCCCCCUCUGGAUCCUGAACUUCUAUUCAAAGACCCUCUAAAGCACAAGGAAUCUGAGCAGGAGCAGGAAUGGAAGAUGAGACAGCAAAUGAGGCAAAAAAGUAAACAGCAAGCCAAAAUCGAAGCCACGCAAAAGCUUGAACAGGUGAAGAAUGAGCAGCUUCAACAGCAGCAGCAGCAGAACCUCAAAGGAGGACCGUCUGAUCUCGACACACCUGGUGGCCUCCAGAGCCCCGUCUCCUCGCAAUCCAGCAACGGGAACAUGUCUCCUAUGCAGCCCAGCUCCAAAAAUGGGUUUUCAAAGCCACAGCUUUCAGGAACUCCCACCGCAGGUUCCCCGGAUGACGUCUUUCUGCGCCCUCAUCCUCCACCACCUUCGUCAGGGUCUCAGCCUCAGUCUCCACAGAUGUUCUCUCCCGGUUCUUCUGGCUCAAGACCGUCCUCACCUUGGGACCCUUAUGCCAAAAUGGUGGGCACACCACGACCUCCGGCGAGUGGGCCAGCCGCUGCUCGCCGGAACUCUGAAUCUGGGAAAUCGCCUAGAAGUCUUUCUGAGGAACGUGGGAAGACUCCAUCCAUUCACGAGUCUAUCGGUUCACCGACUAGCCUCAAUGUUGACCCAUAUGCCAAGCCUCCAGACACACCGAGGCCAACAGGCCCAACAGACCCCUUUCUAAAGCCUAUGUGCCCUCCCAGGACUAGUCAGGCCAUGGAAGGGAGGCACCUGAUUGGCUCCCCAGGACAUGAUCCUUUUUCCAGGGCAGGCGUGAGAAAGGAAGCGUAUCCACGAAUGCCUCAAGGCAGGAUGAUCCUUUCAGAUCCUUACGCACGUCCUCUUCUCGCCCCGAUCCCGGGAAGUAAUGAGUCGGGGUCUGUUCAACUCUUCAAGACCCCAAUGCCCCCUCCUCAACCUCAGGACUCAAAUACAGCCAUGCAUUCAAGAAGACCAAGUGGAGAUCCCUUUGAGAGGUUGAUAAUGCCCCCUCGUUCUGCAGAGGCGUUUCAACAAAGUCAAUCGAAUGACCCGUAUGCUCAUCCUCCACUUACUCCACAUCCUGGUGUGGGCGACGGCUUUGAGAAUCAAGUACGAAUCCCACGGCAACCUCAGGCACACCCUUUUCCACAGCCUGGUCCGUUGGCGCACCAAUCUGCUGGGAACCCAUACGCUCGUGCCCCCUCAACCCCUCGGCCUGAUUACUCUCAUGGUGAUCCGUUUCCCCAGACUCCAUAUUCUAACCCAUACGCUCGAAUGCCUGGAACUCCCAGACCACAUGACCCUGAACCCUACCCCCACCAAUCAGCCGCUUCUCACCCUGCCAUCAUGAACCCGACCACACAGCAGAUCCAGGCUCAGAAUCGCAUCCUGUCCCCCAUGUCUAUGGAUCCUUAUGCACAACCCCCUGGGACUCCACACCCUGGUGUACCAGAAAGGUUCCUCAAGUCUCAGAAUUACCAAAGGAAUCAAGACCCGUUCAACCACGCUCCAGGAAUGUCUCGGCCAAUGGGGUCUGACCCUCACGCCCAACCAGCAGCAGCGGGACCCUCUCAGGCAUUACUCAACGACCCGUACGCCCAACCCCCUAGAACGCCUCACCCUGGAGGUGCAGGGCAGGGUAUAAGACCAGGACUUAUGCCUGGUCAAGAUUCAUUUUCUCCACCUCAAGCACUGAUGCAGGAAGCAUUCGCCAAUCCAGCCAUAUCAGGCUCUCAGACGCCGAGACAUCCCGGUGGUAUGGGGGACGAAAACAGUGUGUCCCAGUCUCCGUCCAGUCAGCCGAGCCAGACGCCGGUUCAUGACCCGUUUGAGCAGACCUCCAUGAACCCUCACUCUCAGUGUGCAGAAAGCAGCAGAGAACAGCAAGGCUUGGGACCCGGAGCGAUAGCGAUGGCACAGCCACACAACACUGAAGCUCAGUCCGUCCCUCUCGCAGAGGCUGAAGAAAGAAUGAGACAGCGCCAGCGCAUCAGAGAGCUUAUCCUAAGACAGCAGCAGCAGAAAAGUGCCAUCCGUCAAGAAAAGAGUGCGCAGGAGCAGCCUGUGAAUGUGCCUCCAGGAACCCCUCAGCACUGGAGUCAGGAAACCCAGGGUCAGCAACCCAGUGACGUGUUCAAUCGACCACCUCCGCCGUAUCCUGGUCCCGGUGUUGUGAGAAGCCCUCAGAGAUUCCACGGACCCUUUCCAGGAGAUCAGCGAGGGCCGUUCUCUGACGGGCAGUUCCCAAAACCCCAGUUUCCUGGAGACACCAAUAACAUCAGGCUGCCAGGACCCAGGUUGGCUUUCCCUGCUGGUGUUCAGGGGCAGGGCUUAAGACCCCAUCCAAUGCAGGACCCCAUGAUGGAAGCUCAUCCACAGAUGCGAAGAUCCAUGUCUAUAGAUCUGGGGAAAUCCUUAGGAGGCGCCCCUAUGGGACUCCAGGCUUUGCCUUUGCCGCCUCGAGGCAUGCACAUGCAACAGCACAAUAUUAUGGGGCAACCCUUUAUAGAACUUCGGCACAGGCCUCCUGAAGCCAGGCUCCAGCUUCCCUUUGCUGCUCCUGUUAUGCAGGGAAACCGCAUGGAAUCGCCAACGCAACCUCAGCGCCCUCCAGGUUUUAUGAGCGGGCAAGAAAUGGGAUUUCCAGCCAACCAAGGUCACAAGCCAGUGGACCCUACGAUGAAUCAAACUCAGGGAGUAGCUACAGAGUUGCAGGGGACGAUGAGUAUGGAGAACUUGCAUCAGCACAGUGUUUCAGUAAGAGCUGGACAUCCACAGAUUCCACUCGUGAGGUCAAUGAGCCAACCGAAUGAGACUUUCAGCUCUCCGACUUCGAAUUUCCCUGUAGUUUCUUCUGGCCAAAGCAGCGAAGUGGUUCUAUCUUCAAGCGAAGGAACUGAAGAGAAGAUGGAUGCAGAUGAAUCGGCUGUGAAGGACCUUGAAGAUGUGGAAGUCAAGGACCUUGUGGAUACGGACUUAGAGAAUCUAAAUCUUGAUGCAGACGAUGGAAAAGAUCUAGAUCUGGAGACGAACGACUUGCACCUGGAUGAAAUAUUUUUGACGUCCGGAAAAUUUGAUAUCAUCGCCUACGCCGAUGCUGAUCUAGACCUUAGCGAGGAUUUGGAUCUUAAUGAUUCCAUUGAGGACCACCCUGAAACCUCUGACCUUCAAAAGUCUCAACUAGAUAAAACUGAUGCUUUAAAUGGUGCUUCCCUGUCUUCCCAUUCCACAUCCGAGGAAGAUAAAGCUGGGGACAAACAUGAGCAGUCCCCAGUUCAGAUUAAAAAAGAGGUUUGUCAGAAUUUGGGGACUCUGAAGUCUGAGGAAGAGAUCAAAAUCGAGGUACAGAACGAUUUGUCGCAAAUGUCAUCCUGCAAAAAUCAAAUGAAUGAAGCUCAAGCCGUUAAUCAAGAAGUCUGCGGGAGUAGCAUUGAUGACACUACUUCCAAGCACGAUGUUCACUCUGAUUCUACUCCAGUGCUUUCCAGUUUACUGGUCAACGUGCCCCAAGAUAACGAAUCUCAUAAACAAGACAGCUGUGGGCAAUCUAUGCCUCAGAGCAAACUUCAGGAACCUGCGUUACAGCAGACGCUCAAUUCUAAUCUAAUGGCACAAGGAGGCAUUUCUGUGCAGGGGAUGAAUCCUGGCAUGGUUGUAGACCCAUCGUUGGUUUCUUCUCAUAGUGACGGCUCUUUAGACAUCCCAGGGGCUAUUCAGGACCAGUCAUCAGCUGCCAUGUUUGGACUGGAGCAGAAAGACGCUCUACUUUCCAUAGAACAGUCUGGUAUCCUGUCUCAAGCCCAGCAGGCGCUGUUGGCCCAGCAUGGCCAACAGAACCGACCUCUGUUACUCGAGGAACAGCCACUUCUCUUACAGGACUUACUCGACCAAGAGCGGCAGGAACAGCAGCAGCAGAAACAGAUGCAGGCCAUGAUCCGACAGCGCUCCAGUGACUCCUUCUUCCCUAAUAUAGGUAAUACAGAUUUUGAUGCCAUUACCGAUCCCAUCAUGAAAGCCAAGAUGGUGGCCUUGAAGGGAAUUAAUAAAGUUAUGGUUCAAAACAACAUGGGGAUGUCCCAAAUGGUCGUAAACAAGUUUCCAGUGGCGCCUCAACCAGUACCGGCACCACAGGCUCAGGAAGCCUGUGCUCCUUCCCAGCAAGCAGUUGCACAGGAUAGCAAGCUGGCUGCAUACAUGACGAGACCCAGUCCUCCAAGUUUUGGUCAAGGGUUUACCAAUGAAGCUCAGAAAGUGCAGUAUGAAGACUGGCUUCGAGAGACGCAGAAGCUUCUUCAGAUGCAGCAGAAGUUUCUAGAAGAACAGAUAGGAGUUCACCGGAAGUCAAAGAAGGCUCUGUCCGCGAAGCAAAGGACGGCUAAGAAAGCUGGACGGGAGUUCCCUGAGGAGGACGCUGAGCAGUUGAAACAUGUGACAGAACAGCAGGGCGUGGUCCAAAAACAACUGGAACAGAUACGGAAGCAGCAGAAAGAGCAUGCUGAGCUAAUAGAGGAGUACAGGGUGAAGCAGCAGCAGGGGGGUGGUAUUCAGCCCCAGAUGAUGCCUGGCAUGGUGCCGAUGCAGCAGGGUCACCCGGGCAUGGUGAUGGCAGGUCCUAUGAAUCAACCUCUGAUGGGUCCUGCUAUGCCAAUGCAGCUCCAUCCAGGCCAGGCGAAUGCUCCUCCCAACAUGCCAGGCUGGCACCCUGGAGCAUCAGGCAGUGUUGGACCUCAGAUGCCUGGUGUGAUGCCCCCUCAGAUGAUGCAAGCCCAGCCUCCUCAGCAGACCUUAGCCAGGCCCGGUCAGAGGCAACCGAGUGGCGAGUCUCCUCAUGUGAAUUUUGAUGAUACCAACCCUUUCAGUGAGGGCUUCCAGGAGCGAGAGAGGAAGGAGAGGCUGAGGGAGCAGCAGGAGAGGCAGAGGGUUCAGCUUAUGAAGGAGGUGGAGAGGCAGCGCAUGAAACAGCGCAUGGAAAUGGAGCAGCAGCAGCAGCAUCACGGCUUGCUCGGCCAGGAUGGAAAUAUGAGGAGUCUUUCACAAAUGCCUUUCUAUAACCAGAACUUGCCUCAAGACUUCAUGCAGCCCCAUAGACCUCAGCAGCAAAUGCAAGGACCAGGGUUCCCCCAGCAGCAAGGCAUGCCUGGCAUGCAAGGUCCUCCAGGACCCAUGAUGGGAAAUGGACCCUUCCCUCAGGAAGUAAGACCAGGGUUUGUAUCGGACAAGCAACUACAGCAGCACGGUGGUCCCAACCAUUCUUCUUCUAACUUCAUUCAGGCGCAACCAAGACCUCAAAGGUUUCCAGGACCAAAUAUGGUGCCUCAGAACCCAGGGCAAGGACAUCCUUUUGGAGUAGAGUCUACUAUGCCUCUACCUCCAAACUUCCCAGGGUCCGGUCCAUCGUUAAUUCAGCUCUACUCCAACAUAAUCCCUGAGGAGAAGGGCAAGAAGAAGCGCAACCGCAAGAAGAAGAAGGAUGACGAUGCAGAAUCCCUGAGGGCACCAUCCACACCGCACUCUGACCUGACCGCCCCGCUGACGCCCUGCGUUUCAGAUACAUCCUCCACGCCCACCAGGAACCCCCUGCUCUUUGGAGAUCACGAGAUUUGCGAAACCUCCCAGCCUGGAUCUUCCACCCCGGGUUCGCAGAGCAGCCAACCCCACUCCGAGCUGGAGAGGCAGCUUUCUGAAGGAAGCUGUGGAGGAGGACCAGACCUGACCAUGAGCCAACAGGACAUCCAUGACCGCAUCCUGUCCAACAUCAAAAUGGAGAGGAUAGAGGCCAGCGACUGCCACGGCCCAAGAGGAACCAGCAUGGAUCUGGGCCUGGGCAUGGUGAAGGUGGAAGGGGAGAAGGAAAUCAUGAUGUCGCCAACAAGCAACUCGAAGGGGGAAGGUGGUAAUGAGCUCCUCAAACACCUGCUGAAGAACAAGGGGACUCCCCCACACGGGUUACCCCACCAGAGAUCUGAGGACAGCCUGAGGUCUGAGGAGGAGAACUCCACCGACAGCAAGGCUCUCCUGAGACAGAGCUCCAUAGACAGUACCGGGACUUACUCGGACAGCCAGCUCUCAGGACAUCCUGAUUUUACCGGCACAGACAAGAAGAAACAGAGAACCAAGAGGACGCCCAAAAGUGGAGAGCGCCCGGCCCCUCGCUCCAAGAAGAGGAAGAAGGAGGAGGAUGAGAGACAAGUUUCAUAUUCCUCCACAGAGCCAAUAAUGACCAGUUUAAAACAGCAGCAGAAGCUCUCUCUCCUGCCCCUGAUGGAGCCCCUGGUUGGGGUAAAUUUUGCCCACUUCGUGCCCUAUGGCAGUGGGCAGCUGGACGGAGAGAGCCGCCUGUCGGGAACGUUCGGCAGCGCCUCGCUGGACGGAAUAUCGGAUUAUUACUCCCAGCUCAUUUAUAAACAGAACAAUCUCAGCAACCCCCCCACCCCUCCUGCCUCCCUUCCACCUACCCCGCCCCCCGUGGCUCGCCAGAAACUGCUCAACGGCUUCGCCACCACUGAGGAGCUGGCCGGCAAAGCAGCCGUCAUCAGCGGCCAUGAUGUGACUAAAGGGCUUCCUCCCCGGACGCUGCACAUGCCGUUUAAAACGGAGGAGGAGCUUUUCGCUCGGGCUCUCGCUCACGGACCCAAAACCGUCGACGUUCCUGCCUCGCUACCAACACCCCCUCACAACAACCAGGAGGAGCUCAGGGGACAGGAGCACUGUGAGGACAGAGACACUCCGGACAGCUUCGUCCCCUCCUCCUCUCCAGAGAGCGUUGUUGGGAUGGAAAUCAGCCGAUAUCCGGAUCUCUCACGGGUCAAAGAGGAGCCUCCGUCUCCAGCUCUUUCUCCCGUCAUGCCCAUGUUCCCCAACUCCAGAGGAAAAGGUUCUGAGGCAAAACUGCGCGACAUAAAGACCGAACCCUCGUCUGUUUUCUUCGGAUCACCGUUUGGAGUGCAGCAGAACGGAUCUGGCUCAGGCCUCGUUUCCAUAGCCGUCACCCUCAAACCUGCAGCAGCUGAGAACAUCACUGAUGUGGUGGCUGCCAUUGCUGACCUCAUCCAGGUGAAGAUCCCCAGCAGUUACGAGGUGAGCAGCGGGCCGUGGCCCCACGCCGGGCUGGGGGUCCAUAAGGGCCCGGACUCGAGACCCUCGGCGUCCGGGCUGCUGCAGAGACACGGUGCGGCCGAGCUGGAGGGACCAGGGAGGCUGAGCAGGACGACCGGAGCACAGGGGCCUUUAAAACAUCAUAAUCAUCAUCAUCAUCUUCAUCAUCAUAACCAGCAGUACAGCCACCUUACCCCUGAGAAAAGUCCAUUAGGAGGCAGAGAGCAGUAUCAGGAGGGGCCCGGGAGCCCAGGCCCGAAGCCACAGUGGUGCCGCCAGUGUAAAGUGGUUGUCCUGGGAAAUGGAGUGAGGAAACCUGCCAAAGAUCAACAAAACAAAGCACAAGAAUCUCAGCUGAGUUCUGAGGGAGACCUCGUCUUCUGCAGCCACAGCUGCCUCAUCCUGCACUCCUCUGCACAAGCCAAAUCCACUAUAGACGCCAAGACGUCAGUAGCUCUGCUUGCAGAAAAGGCUCUGAAAGAGAGUCCAUCUAAAGCCCAGCACCAGUACAACAAUAACAUGUCCUCUAUGGAUGUGCACUGUCUGGCUCAGCUUCAGUCCAAACCCCCAUCCCCCUUGUCCAGCCCCCUCGGCCCGGCCUCCCCCGCCCCCGCCGAGCCCCUGAAGAUAGAGACCGUGAAGACCGAGUCGAAUUCAGACGCCCCCUUAAAAGUGACAGUGAAGUUAAAGCCUCGCUCCCAGAGCCACACUGACAACAAGCCUAAUGAUAGGCCUUGGCAUCAUGGAAAGCGCUGGAAGGGCCUCCGCUGGCGCAAAUGGACGAUUCAGAUCGCAGCGUCCAAGGGUGGACAGCCGGUUCCAACUGAGGAUCUCCUGCACGAGUUGCGCUCCUCACUGCGCCCCUGUUCGCUGUCCCGGGACUGUCGGCGCUGCUGUUUCUGUCAGCAGCAGGGCGACGGGCUGACGGACGGCGCCGCUCGUCUCCUCAACCUGGACCUGGACACCUGGGUGCACCUGAACUGCGCUCUGUGGUCGUCGGAGGUUUACGAGACGCAGGCCGGCGCCCUCAUUAACGUAGAGGUGGCGCGGCAGAGGGGCCAGAGCGUUACCUGCGCUUUCUGCCAGCGCCUGGGAGCGACGAGCGGCUGCCACCGGCUGCGCUGCCUCAACGUCUACCACUUCACCUGCGCUCUGCAGGCCGGCUGCACCUUCUUCAAGGAUAAGACCAUGCUGUGCCACCAACACCGGCCCAGAGGGGGCGCCGGCGCCAGCGCGGCCGGGCUGCACCUGGAUCAGCAGGUCCUGCGCUGCUUCUCUGUUUUCCGCCGCGUCUACGUGCAGCGGGACGAGCUGCGUCAGCUGGCGUCUGCCGUGCAGCGCCCGGAGCUGGGCCACACCUUCCGGGUGGGAAGCCUGCUCUUCCACGCCAUGGGCCAGCUCCCCCCCGCCCUGCUGCCUCACUUCCACUCGGCCAGCGCCAUCUUUCCUCCGGGGUACGAGGCCAGCCGUCUGUACUGGAGCAUGAGGCACGGCCGCCGCCGCUGUCGCUACGUCUGCUCUGUGGAAGAGCACCAGGGACGACCUGAGUUCAGCAUCCGAGUGCUCGAGCGAGGAUACGAGGACCUGGUGCUGACCGACACCUCGGCUAAAGGAGUGUGGGAUAAGGUUCUGGGAUCAGUAGCAGAGCGGAGAGCAGAGACCGGCAUGCUGAGACUCUUCCCCGUCUAUCUGAAGGGAGAGGAUCUCUUCGGACUCACCGUGUCUGCAGUGGCUCGUAUUGCUGAAUCGCUGCCCGGAGUGAAGGCCUGCUCGAGGUACCGCUUUCGUUACGGCUGGAAUCCAAUGCUGGAGCUGCCGCUGUGCAUCAACCCCACCGGCUGUGCCCGGUCUGAGCUGAGGGUCCACCCACAGAACCAACGGUUAAAGAUCCUCUCGGUGUGGAACCGCCCCUCCCGGAUCCUGCAGAACUCCGCUCUGGCAGAGGGCGGCCCGUCUCACAGUAAACACUUUGUGCACUCCAAGUCGUCUCAGUACCGCCGGCUGACCAGCGAAUGGAAAAGCAACGUCUACCUGGCUCACUCUCGCAUCCAGGGUCUUGGGCUCUUUGCAGCUCGAGACAUUGAGAAGCAGACGAUGGUCAUCGAGUACCUGGGAGACGUUCUCCGAGCCGAGGUGGCCGCAAGGAAAGAGCUGCACUACAAGGCUAAGAACCGGAAAGCCUUCAUGUUCCGCAUUGAUGGCGAGUAUGUGAUCGAUGCUACAUGUUCUGGAAGCCCUGCAAGAUACAUCAAUCAUUCUUGCUCACCGAAUUGUGUGGCGGAAGUCGUGACCUUUGAGCGAGGCUACAAAAUCAUAAUCAGCUCCAACCGCAGGAUCGAGAAGGGAGAGGAGCUGUGCUACGAUUACAAGCUGGGCCUGGUGAAGAACCAGAACCAGAAGACGCCGUGUCUGUGUGGCGCCGUGAACUGCCGCAAGUGGAUGAACUGAAUCACGGAGAGGAUCUCGUCUCCCAAUCGGAACAGAGCGUUCUCUUACGUCACGGGUGCCGAGCGUCUGCGCGGACACGCGAGUGCUGAAGGCCGAAGACUCCACUACACAAACUCACCUGCAGCGUGAGAGCAGCGAGAGAGGAGACCUGUAGCUUUUGUUGGUCUGGUUGAUUGAAGUCGUUGCGAAUUUUGACGAUUUUAGUUUUUGUUUGUUUGUUUGUUUUAUGUGCAAAAUCAAGAGGAAAAACACAAACGGCCGCGAGCCGCUGUGUUUUAUAGCCAUCUGCGUCGUUCUCUGGACUUGAGGAGAGAGAGAGGGUUAGGUUUACCUGCAUGUGCCAUGAGUGUUUAAGUAAGUGUGUGUGUGUGUGUGUGUGUGUGUGUGUGUGUGUGUCACCCUGGGGCAGAUUUCACCAGCGAAUAAGGAGAGAGAAAGAGAUAGAAAGAAAGAGCGAGAGAGCGAGCACUGUGCCGGAUAUGCCUUAUUGGUUGAAAGAGAGGGCGGGCCCAUUCGUUUAGUUCGUUUUUUGUUGAGCUGUGAUUGGUGGAGACUGUACAGGUGUAAAUCAAUGUAGAACAUCACUGAAUGAAGAAUGUACGGAAUUGACUUCCGCAAAGGGAAAAGUUUUAACUUGCACUAAAAAAGGUAAGGAAGAAAAGAAAAAAGAAAAAAAAGAGACAACACACGAAACAAACUCACGAAAAAGAAAAGCUUCAAAAUACUUGAUUCCAUGAGUCAGUUUUAUCCUGGGUUUCUCUUUGUUGUUGUUUUUGUUGUUGUUGUUGCUUUUUUUUUUGUGUAAGAAAAGUAAAAAAGGUGUUUUGUAUUUAUUAAUGUGUGAGUGGAUGAGUGGGCCUAUUUUUAAAAUAAAAAAACGUACAGAAAAAAAAAGCGAGCUUACAAAAAUUAAAAAUUAAAAAUAAGACCAGACUGCGAGCGCCGGGAACGUUGGGAACUUCGGGAAUGUCGGGAACGCCGGGAACGGCGCGCCGCAGUCUGAAGAGAUUCUGUUACAUCUGUAAAUAAAAUGUACAUAAGGAAAAAAUAUUGGAAUGAUUGACCAAAUACUACCUUAUUCAUAUUGAUGUUUGGGUGUUUAGAUGUGCUUGUUUUUUUGUUUUGAUUUUGUUUUUUUUUCUUCUUCUUCUUUUUUAAAAUUAUUUAAUAAGGAUGCGCCAUGAAAUCCGAGGUUUCAGAGGUUAUUUUAAAUGAAUAUUCUGUACAGAAUUGCAAAGUAAUUUCAAGAAUUCACAAGAAAGUAUUUUCUCUGUACUUUAGAGUAUGGUAUUGUAGUGACUCUUUGUGAUUGACACAUUAAUUCUGACCACUUGAAAAGCUGUAUUUUACUUUUUUUUAUUAUUAUUAUUAUUAUUAUUAUUAAAUGUGCAUCAAGUUUAGCAUCGGUUUUAUGCAAAGACAAACUGGUGACAAACGAAGAAGUGGAGAAGAAACUAAUCACAGAGAAAUUUUUAAACAAUUUUAAACCACCCACAUAAUAAGAAAUGGACUUAUCUAGAAUAGGCACAAGUAGAAUUUACUGUUUGUUUUUGUGUUUUUUUUUGUUUUUUACUAGUCAGGGUGCUUUUGUAUAACCUUUGUGUCUGAUUUAAACACCAGAUUAGAUCAAUUCUAAAGCAUUUCAGUCGGAUAAGCUUCGAGGAAAUCCCAAGAAAUUCAGAAGAGCGUUCCUUGUUGGAGGAAAGCGAUCGUGUACAUAAACAAUGAAUUUUUUUGUAGCUGAAAUAAAUAAACCUCCAACCUGUUACUCACCUUUCCCUCACGCCUUCUCUCCCAACGAACUAGCCGCUUCUAUCCAUUUCCUUUUCCCGUUUUCCGUUUUCCUUGUACACAGAGUUCCUGAUCUACUCAACGGAAGCUUACAUCACUGUACAGGGCAGCAAUUUUUCUCAAAAAAGCAAACAAAAAAAAAUCAACAAAAAAAAAAGUUGUAUAUAUUUUUUUUCUUGAACAGCUGUGACUAAAUUGUUUCAUGAAUAUUUUUCUUGUCCUGUAAAAAAAAAAAAUACAUCUGCAUUUUUUUUCCUGGUGGUGUUUUUGCCCUGUAUAGUAGCGUCAAAUGUUUUGGAAAAAUGAAGCCUUUUGAAGUACAGAGCGAUUAUAGGGUUUGGUAUUCAAGGAACUGAAUUUAGGAACAUUUACAGAAAAAUAAAAUAUUUUACAUCAUUA